AUGAAAAAAUUUGCAAAGGAUUCCUUUGCCAAGAAGUCUCUUUCGCCAACUAAUAUCAGUGAUGUGAAUCAGCCCCAAAGCCUUCCUACUUCUACUCUUAAAGUUGAUGGUGGAAGACUGACGAAGAAACACUUGGGUGAAAAUACAAAAUUAUCCAAGCAAGUAAUAGGACAUACUAAAGGUGUGGGUGAAAGGAAAAUGGCAACUAACAUUGUGGAUUUCCCCAAGGGAUCAACUAGAACAAGUGUCAUCAGUCACAAGCGAAAACUUUCCAAAGUCGUUGGUGAGGAAAUGAGAAAGGAGAAGGCCCCAUUGCUUAUUGAUCAUGCCACAUGGCAAAACAAACUAAAGGCUCCAAAAAUCAAUGAAUUUGAUUUGAAUAAUUCUCCUACCGAUGCAGGUCAAGAAAAACACUUUUCAAGUGGUGCUACAUGUGACACUAGAGAGGGGCGUAUAAUUAAAGUGAAAGUAGAACCUUUUAUUGAGGAAUAUGAAGCUCCUAUGUACCCUCCUCUACCUAAAUAUGUAGGUUCUUCAACAACUAAGAUAAAAUUGGAGCCUUAUGAUGAUGAAGAAUCCAAGGACAUGCAUCAUUUUGCUCUACAAGAAAAUGAAAGCAUUGGAAAUACAAAGAUUCUCAAAUUUGACUUGAAUGAGGUCAACCCUGCAAAGUCAAAUAGAUUGGGCGUGAGGGGAUAA